CGUGCGCCUGGUGGGGCCGUGACGCCCGCGGUGGCGGAGGGGCUCGGCUUGUCAGAGUCCCCAGAAAAUAAAAAUAUAUCUCAGAAAGUGAAAAUCAGAAGAAGUAGCUGCUGACAUAAAGAGAAAUGUACUAAAGAUAAUUUCUUGAGGAAGAUGUUUUAAGAUGUGGUGAAGAGCCUGUGUUUUCCCCUGUGCAGUGUAUAGUGCCUUAAAAAAUGGGGUUUGGAGGUGACCUGAAGUAUUCUCAUGAUGCUUUAUUAAAACUGCAAGACUGGGAACUGCGACUGCUGGAAACAGUGAAGAAAUUCAUGGUAAUGCGAGUAAAAAGUGAUAAGGAGUAUGCCUCCACUUUACAGAAUCUUUGUAAUCAAGUAGAUAAAGAGAGCACUUGUCAAUUGGAUUAUAUCAGCAAUGUCUCCAAGUCUUGGUUGCUUGUGGUACAGCAAACAGAACAGCUGAGCAAAAUAAUGAAGACACAUGCAGAGGAUCUUAAUUCUGGGCCUUUGCAUAGGCUUACGAUGAUGAUCAAAGAUAAGCAGCAAGUUAAGAAGAGUUACGUAGGUGUUCAUCAGCAAAUUGAAGCAGAGAUGUACAAGGUCACAAAGACAGAACUAGAGAAACUAAAAUCUAGCUAUAGACAACUAAUAAAAGAAGUAAAUUCUGCCAAAGAAAAGUAUAAAGAAGCUGUGGCUAAAGGAAAGGAGACUGAGAAAGCCAAAGAUCGGUGUGACAAAGCCACUAUGAAGCUUCAUAUGUUGCAUAAUCAGUAUGUAUUGGCACUGAAAGGAGCACAGUUACAUCAGCACCAGUAUUAUGAUACUACGCUUCCUCUGUUGCUUGAUUCACUACAGAAGAUGCAAGAAGAAAUGAUUAAAGCCCUAAAAGGAAUCUUGGAUGAGUAUAGCCAGAUCACCAGUCUUGUAACAGAAGAGAUUGUGAAUGUCCAUAAAGAGAUCCAGACCUCGGUUGAACAGAUAGAUCCUAACUCUGAGUAUAAUGACUUCAUAGAUACUCACAGGUCGUCAGAAGUAGUUGAACAAGAAAUAGAGUUUGAUACAUCUUUACUAGAAGAAAAUGAAAACCUUCAAGCUAAUGAGAUCAUGUGGAAUAAUCUAACAGCAGAAAGUUUACAAGUAACGUUAAAAACAGUAAUAGAAGAACUGAUUCAGACACAGCAAACCCUUUUGAGCAAAGAGGAACAUGUGUUGGAACUGGAGAAAAAAAUAGAAGAGUCCUCUAAGACUUGUGAAAAGAAGUCUGAUAUUGUACUCUUGCUGAGCCAAAAGCAAGCACUGGAAGAACUUAAGCACACAGUUCAGCAAUUAAGAUGCUCUGAGGCAAAGUUUGCAGCCCAGAAGGAACUACUGGAACAAAAGGUGCAAGAGAAUGAUGGGAAAGAGCCACCACCUGUAGUGAAUUAUGAGGAAGAUGCCAGAUCAGUGACUUCUAUGGACAAGAAGGACAAAGUCUCAAGAUUUGACACUAUACGUCAUUCCAUAGCUGGAAUUAUAAGGUCUCCAAAAUCCAUGUUGGGCUCAUCGUCGUUCUUUGAUGUAAUAUCAACCACUGAGAAACCAUUGGCUGAGCAAGACUGGUAUCAUGGUGCAAUUCCAAGAAUAGAAGCCCAGGAGCUAUUAAAACAGCAAGGAGACUUCUUGGUGCGAGAGAGCCACGGGAAACCUGGUGAAUAUGUCCUUUCUGUGUUUUCAGAUGGACAACGGAGACACUUUAUCAUACAAUAUGCUGAUAAUCAGUAUCGGUUUGAAGGAACUGGGUUUCCAACUAUUCCUCAGCUCAUAGAACAUCAUUACACAACAAAGCAAGUUAUUACAAAGAAAUCAGGUGUUGUUCUCCUGAAUCCUGUUGUUAAGGACAAGAAAUGGGUUCUCAAUCAUGAAGAUGUCACAUUGGGAGAACUACUGGGCAAAGGUAAUUUUGGUGAGGUGUAUAAGGGAACAUUAAAGGAUAAAACUCCUGUUGCUGUAAAAACUUGUAAAGAAGAUCUUCCUCAGGAACUGAAAAUAAAAUUUCUGUCAGAAGCCAGAAUACUCAAACAGUAUGAUCACCCUAAUAUUGUAAAACUUAUAGGAGUUUGCACACAACGACAGCCUAUUUAUAUUGUUAUGGAACUUGUUCCAGGAGGUGAUUUCCUGUCCUUUUUAAGAAAAAAGAAGGAUGAGCUAAAAACCAAGCAGUUGGUGAAAUUUUCAUUAGAUGCUGCUUCUGGUAUGGCAUAUCUCGAAUCUAAAAAUUGUAUACAUAGGGACCUGGCUGCAAGGAACUGUUUGGUAGGUGAAAGCAACAUUUUGAAAAUAAGUGAUUUUGGAAUGUCCCGGCAAGAAGAUGAUGGCGUGUACUCAUCGUCAGGCCUAAAGCAGAUUCCUAUCAAGUGGACUGCUCCAGAAGCACUCAACUAUGGGAGAUACACAUCUGAGAGUGAUGUAUGGAGCUUUGGAAUCCUCUUGUGGGAGACCUUCAGUUUAGGAGUAUGUCCGUACCCUGGAAUGACCAACCAACAAGCACGAGAACAAGUCGAGAAAGGCUACCGAAUGUCAGCACCACAAAAAUGUCCAGAAGAAAUAUAUAAAAUAAUGCAGAGGUGCUGGGACUACAAACCAGAAAAUCGGCCAAAAUUCAGUGAGAUGCAGAAAGAGCUGGCUUCAAUCAAAAAGAAAGUAACAUAGUGAUAAACAACAAGCGCCAAACUCUAAGUGUGGGACUUUAUUUUCCAGUGAAGUAAUUUUUUCCUCUCAAACACUAUGCAUUUAUACAACAUUAUUUGCAAUAUUCUUCUAGGAUUACUUUGAAAUUAACUGUUUUUUUAUAUACAUGUGUACCAUCUUGAAUGAUGUCUACACCUGCAUUAAAGACAUAUAUUACAAAAUGUUAUAUACCCAGUCACAGUAAUACCGUCAUUUAGGUUACAUGUAAAUAGAAAAACACAUACUAUAGAUUUAAGGGACUGUGGCUUCUAUCUAUUUUAUGGCAAGUAACUGCUAGUGACAUUUUGCAGAGGUUUUCUACUUUAAGCUGCCUUCUCACUCUGCUAUCCCUGUCCCAUAUGUCAACACCAGCAGCACUGUAAUGUGGUGACUGUCAUACUUGUUGGCCUUAAAACUGAAGACAGUUUUGACAAGUAUUUCAACUAGAAACUUUUAUAUUUUUUAAAUUCUUUCUGCGACUGGUAUUUUUAAGUGAUACUUUGGUUUAAGAAUGAAGGUUCGGUUUACUGAACAGUGAAAUCCAGAAUUUUCUUUUAUAGAAAACUGAGUUAAUCGUGCAUUUCUUCCCAUACUGUAGUAAAUACUUCUGACUUUUGAUGUGAUUUACUUAAACCAUGCUUUUUCUUCCUACAAAGCCAUCAGAAUUCAGUAAUAUAUUUCCACUACAAUGACUUAUGCUUAUUUAAGAAACAAAAAACCCAAUAUCACAUCUUGACUACAUAUGUUAAGAAAUACUGCAAAUCAUGUGCCUUCCAAAGAAUAUGUAAAAGCAGUAGGCCAACAGAAAGAAGUUUACUAAUGAUAGCAGCAGAUAACAAAUAUCAUUGAGCUUAGAGGAGUUAAAGAAUGUGAAUUGCUAGAUUUGCUUUUGAUCCUAUUUUUUCCUUAAAUUGCUAAUAAUUCUCAGAAUGCAGCUGAAGCCUAAAAAGUUUGUGCUAAGCAAAAGUACAUUCCAUGCAUAGUGUCCAAAGGAAAAUACUACUUCUGUAUGACAUAAGGAAAUUGUUCAAGAAGCCAAAAUAAAGAAGUAAGUUUAAAGCCUCUGACAGGCUGAGCAAGGUAAAGUAGAAAUACUAACCUUCUAACUUUUUUGAAUCAUUGCAAUCAGAUUUCAAACGACUGGGGAUAGGCAAGUUUUAAAUGCCACAACUAAUAAAAACCUUGUAUAUAUUUAAAAAAAAAUCUGCCAGAAAGAAUAAAAACUUACUAGGUAGGUGAGGGAGGAAGGGCACAGUUUGUUACUCUAGCUCUGGGUCCUCCUUGCAGCUGGAAUUAUUUUCUAGGGCCCUAGCUAGAAAUAGGAACAAGUUACAGUAUCCUGGUCUGAGUUCCAGAGUUAAGGUGCUUAAAAUUUUUCUAAGAAUUAACUAAAAUUUUUUGGAUUGAGGGAUGUCAGUUGCUGCUAAUGCAAGUAAGAAACAGGGGCUGUAAGUAACACAGCAUCUGGGAUGUUAAUUAGUCCUAUGUUUUAUUGUUAAAGUGGGAUUGAGAUGUAGUGAAGUCAGUGGCUACAUUACAUUUUCAUUUCUGUUCAGGUGACUUUUCUGUUGUCCACAACAUUUUUGCUCUCUAAAGUGUAUUUAUAGUAGUACUGCGUGGUAAUGUUUAAGGGCUAUGUGUGACCAAAAUAUGUGUAGUCUAGAAGAGUUUGUCUGUUACAUUGGAGUUAGUGUCCAAAUAAAACAAUGAAUGAUCAUGCUGGAGCACAUCACCUGCAUUUGAGGUGGAACUGUCAGCAUCCAAGUGUAAGGAAUGGUGAGUGCUUCUUGCAUUUCUUAAGUGAUUUUUUUCUUGGAGAUAAGGAAUCGUAUACAUACCCAUGAAAGUAUAGUGCUUAGAAAACUUGGUGGCAUAAAUUUAAACUUCCUUAUAAGCAUACUGGAUAUAUUUACUUAGUUCUGUGCUUCCAGGUAGCCCAAAGAUAUUUUUCAAGAGCAAUGUGAAACAUUCGUGAUAGUUUGUAUGCUUUUAAGUAGUACACAAAGUCUGUGCCUUAAUUUGCUAGUACGCUAAUGCAAGUACAAGUGUACUAAGAUUUAAGGAAUGUUCCACAGUAAUUUGGAAAAAUCCAAGAUUCAUCCAACAGCAGGUCCUUAUGUAUGCAUCACUAAAAUCUGCAAGUAAAGAUAGCGGUGUCUCCUCUAUCAGCAUUCAUAGCUUCUCUGGAGGAUUAAUAUUCUUCUUCUAUGAAAGAGGUGAACUGUUUCAUUGUUAUAUGCCCUCUUGACACCGAAGAGAUACUGUUUUAUUUUUAUAAAAUAAAAUACUGUUUUAUUUGUCUUAAAUUAACCGGUCACCAUCCGGACUCUCACGUAAAGAUUAAAAUUGUACGCAUAUUUUACUCUGAAGUAGUUAGCAUUUGUAAUUCAUAUCGCACUUCUGUUUAAAUUUAAAGACUUUUAAAAUGUGGGAUUUCUACAGCAGCAAGAAAAUUUAUUAUUAUUCCUGAAGUAGGUAUCAGUUCAGUUCAAAAAUAAUAACUCUCUGGGAGAAUACCAGAAUGAGUUUAUAGAUACAAAAUAAAUUUAAACACAGGUACAUGUCUCUACAGUUAUUUUUUUCUGUUUUCUUCUCAUUAAUUUGGCAGUUUGUGGCAGAACUUGUUCAUCAUGUCUGACUUGAAAUUAUUGCAAUUACACGAUUUAGGAAGUGGAAUCCAUACCUAUAGAUACUAUUUUUAAGUUUUUGUAAACUUCUCACGGGGGAGUUCACAAACAAAACUGCCAUACAAUGAAAUUUAAAAGAAAGACAUGGUAUGGAAGAACCAAAGCCGCCAUAUCUGCUUUCUGUGGACUUUUGAUGACUUAGUCUUGCAUUAUUCACAGGUUGUCAUUUGGCUCAUGUAUGGCCUUUAUCCCACACAACUUACAAAAAAGUUAAAACUGAAAUUCUUUUGCAACUGUAGUGGUUCGGGUAGAUUCUUACACCUGCAUUGUCCCAACCUGGGCGAGCCUGAUGGAAUCCUGCAUUUUUUACAAUGUUAAAUGGGAGAAACUGUGAAUAGUGUUAAGGCUUUGGUAGAAAUACCUCAGCCUGUUACAUGAGAUGGAAUUCAACAGUUUAUCUGUUAUUUUCAUCUUUUUCCAAGGAAUUUAUCAUUUUAAAAAAAAUUGUUUUGAGGACAAAAAAUGAAUCCUGGUUUGUUUUCAAUCGAAAUUAAGCAUAUGUGUUAGCCUCAGAGUUCAGUCAUCAGUGAAAUCAUAUGGAUUCAAAAGCAUUUCAAUUUUAUGGAAUUACAGUAGUGAAAAGUGUGUUGUCUGAAAAGAAAUCUUACUUCAACAAAGUGUGAUCUUGUAAAGUCAGCAUCCCACCAAGACAUUCUCUUUGCAAUGUACAUUGUCAUAGUUUCUAAUGAAACCAGUGAAGUAGUUUUUCAUUUAGCAACUACAGGUAAAUUGCAUUUCUUUGUAAUAAAAAUCUGCCUUUUUGCAGAGUUGCCUAAUAUUUUUAUUGGAAGUUGUUAUUGGAACAUGCAUCACCAGAAGGCUGUCAGUAAGAACUGCAGUUAUUAAAGUUAGCCUGAUCCUAUUGAUGAGAAACAGAAAACUGGUUAAGGAAACAUGAAGUUAUUCAUCUUAGGUAUUUUUUCAUCCAUGUAUUUGACUACCUGUUAUGCUUAACUCAAAUCCUACAAGCACAUCACUAAAACUUCCUGCACAUCAUUAAAAUGACUAUGAAGUUAUCCAUUUGUUUUCUAACUAUUUUGUUAUGCCUUUUUCGCCCAUUUUGAAGAUACUAAAGAAAAAAACACUUUCCUGGGGCUACCGAGUAACCAACUCUCAGAAGCAUUUAACAAUUUCUCCCCCUCCCCAAAUUUUGCCAGAUAUGCUGCUGCACAGUAUAUAACAAUAUAACAGUAGUAAUUAACUACUAGCCCUGUUCCAGUUCUUUCUGUCAUGUCCUCUAAAUGGCAGGGCCACUGACACACUUGAAACAGUGAAAUAUUUGAAGAGAUGAGUCAGUGUGUAAAUAAUAUCAUCAAACAUGACAUUCAAAGCAAUAGUUCUGAAAAUGGCUGGUUGUCACAAGUGAUGAUAACUCAUUAUAAAGAUGGAACAAAAAGGAAAAGACUAAUUGAGAGAAUCCACUUUCUAUAACAUCUGUCCUGUUUGUAGGCAAUGGACGUGUUUGUUAUGCCAGUGCGUUUGGAUGCGUAACAUUUUUAUGACUGAGCAUAAAAUAGUUUGCUAUUAAAAAAGGAGAUCACCAAUUGAUAUUUUUUUUUCCUCAAGCACAAAAGGAGAUGGGAUAUUGCUGGAAGCAUUCUUGCUAGGCAAGUCAGGAUAUGUGGAGGAAGAAUACCCCUACUACCAACCAAGGUACCUAUUUUUUCCUUCUUAGAAUCAUAUUCAUGUAGUCCUUCACUUUCAGGAAUACAGGACUUUAAGUAGUAAUUAUAAAGUACAGGGGAAGUCCAGUAUUCCUGAAGUUCCAAAUAACCAUGAGUUUUUAAGAGUGAUCUGGUAAAUCUGAAACAUCAUCUCUGUUAGAAAUGUUUUAUUCUAGUUUCCUUCUGCACAUUUACUGUAAAAAAAGGAGUCCUUAAACAAUCAUCAGUAACAACUUAUAAGAAAAAUGCAUCAACCUCAGAAAUCUAUGAAGCUUCUUGAAGAGUAACUUCAGUAAAGGAUAUUUUCUGUAAUCUACUAGAAUUGCCCCAGGAUAGCUUUCCUUUCUAAAAAGAUGGGAAAAAUAUUAAAAAAAAAAAAGCUAAAAAGCUGAAAGCUCCCAAGUUGACAACAGAAGAAUCCUUUCACUUGUCACAUUCUGAACAGUAUUUCAAGUAUUGCCACAGUUUCUCUCCUGAAACUGAUAAUGCAGCUGUGAUUUCCAGCUCUUACGUGCGUUUCAGCAUUGCAUACUAGUGCAUUAUUAACACCCAACUUUACAUUCAGAGCAAGGAAAGAAAGACUGUCUCAUUGAAAAGUAUAGCAAGUUCUGCCUGGUAGCUCCCAUGUUUUCCUUAGCUUCCACAUUCAAUUGUCAGAGUCAUUGUGUUAAUUAUUAUAAGCACCAUGCAGAACAGCAGCUGGAAGCUAGACAUUGUCUUUAAAUCAGCAUCUAAUCCCCCAGAAUUUCACACCUUUGACUCUAGAAGCUUACUUGGUUUUUGUUCUCUGUCAAAUAAGCAAAAUCAAUUUCUGUAUCUCAGCCUUACUACUAAUCUAUAAAACAGGAAGGUUCGGAGAUAUAUUUACUGUUCUCUACAAGGGAAUGCUACCUCCAGCAAUAACUGUAAGUUACCCUUGCGUCCCUGUUAUGUCCGUCUGUCUCUUUGACAUAAAACUAACUGGAAUGUAUGUCCAGGUGUAGAACUUGGGUGUUAACUCAGAGUUGUUUCAUUUUCAGGAAGUUGUAUAUUAUUAGCUGUUUUAGAACACCAUUUUCUCAGACAUCAUCUAGGCAGGACUUAAAUUAGAAUUUUCCGAUGGUUUGUAGGAUUUUUUGUGAGAUGAAGGAUUAAUCAGAUUGCUAGCUACAUGCAUUGUUAUUUUGCAGAUGUUUCAGAUUAUAGCUGUGAGUAGUUCAUUUAUAGAUCUCAGAUUAUGUAUGCCUUCUCUAAAUUAAAAACUGUUAGCCGUACUUACAAAAAAUGGAUAAGUAAAGCCCUCAAAUAUAGUUGACUGAGGUCAUAGAGUGAAAACAGAAGAGCCAUGAACUACAUUCUUUCUUCCUCUAUCCUCACGGAAUUGAAUGCUUUGUAAAUAAAACUUGGAAUAACUGGCUUUGUGUUUAUAGAUAAAUAUGACCUGUGAACCAGUAUGGUGACCCAGGACUCACAUUGCUGCUAGCAAAGAAGGCUUGGAAAAAAAGUGUUUCUAAAUUGCUACUAUUUGGAACUGUCAUCUAGUUUUAAAAUUCCACAUGUUUAUAGAUAAGUACAUAAUUUUUGCGAGUACAGUAAGAGAGACAGCACAUGCUUCUCCAUUGAAACCUUUCAUCAAUUUAAGGCAAUUAUGCUUUUUAAAAGAAAAAUCAGAUUGAUCAGCGAUUCCUUCUAGAUUACACAUGUUGAAAGUAUGAGCCAGGACUUUCCACCACAAAAAACAGAAGGAUACACACUACUGUCUUUAUAUACAGUCAGCUCAGUCUUUCUCAACAUAUAAAUAAUUCCAUAAUUGUUAAAUGCAUUAGUUACACAAAGUCCUUGGAUUACUGAAAUGUAAACUACUUCACUGUGAUCUCUUGCUUCAAUUAUUAAAGAAACUUUCUGCUCUUUAAAAAGGGCUGCUGUAAAUUUACAGUUCUAGCUGAGCUCUGUUGUAAUAAUCUGGCCUGUUGCAUCUCCCAGAAGUUUCCUAAUUCUGGUGGCUCCAUGUACCACUUUUAUUUACUUCAAAAAAGUUACCCUUGUGACAGUAAAGUUCAAAUAUAUCCCUGCUUUUGUUUGACUCAAAAAUACUGUAGUGAUGUUGAUACUUGGGGCAAUGUGUUUGUAUGAAAAUUGAAGUAAGUAUGAAUCAAAGUGAAGCACAUUGUUCAAAUCAUGUUUUUAAUCAUUACAAACCCUAAAUAUAUCGUUAAUUGUCCACAUCAUAAAAGACAUCAGAAAACCAACAUUCCUGACUGCCUAGUUUACAAUACAGAGCAUCCUACUCCUGAUAGGGAACAAUAUAAAGCUAAAUGUGCUCCUUGAAAAAGGAAUUAUUUUGCUGUCAGACCAGAUCCAAACAGUAUCUUUAACACUAACAGCAGUGACUUAAUUCCAACCGAGCCUUGUUGUAAAAUUCCUUCUUCUUAACAGACCUUUCCAAAUAGUUUCCAAAUACUUUUCAUUAUUGUCAUCCAUUUUGCUUUUAGAAAUUUGACUUCUGUACGUUACAUCCCAUUUAGUUAUACUGGUAACUAUACCAACACCAGCACCGUGAAGUGCUGAGACUUGCAACUUCAGAAGAUAAGCAUUGCUAAGUCAGUAAAAGUCUACGGGGAGCCAAUCUUUCACUAGGUGUCUGAGUUGAUAUGGCUUAACGCAUUUUAAAUAUCACUACAGUAAUUGUUUCAGUUAAAAUCUGUAACACAGUUUGAAGAGCAGCAUUCCUUGCCCAAGAUAUCUCUGCAAUAGUAGUAUUUGUAUUUGAGUCGAACUCAACAGGAAGGUAGAACUGUACCUUCCUUCCUCUCUAGUUUAUCAGGGGAGGGAACUGCUGAGUUCAAGCAGCCAAUUCAGGUGCCGUCAGCAACGCUGGUACGUGGCGUGGACGCAGCCAGGAUGCCGUAGAGAAGGUCUUGCAGUCUGCACGGCCCUUCUUUAUCAUACGCCUACGAUCACUACGAGCCAGUAAUAAAUCCACUGGAGACUGGAAGUUUGUUGUAUCUCCCAGUAUGGCUAAUUCCUUAAGUCACCUGAAGUUGUAGUGCUUAAGGAGAAAUAGUGACAUUUUUUUCUUUGUCACAAAAUGCAGAAGUCGUAUAUACAAUGGGGAGUCUGCAUUAUUUUCCUUUCUUCUGCUUGGUCAUGUCACGAAGUCUUUAAUUGACAUAACAACUAGAAGAAACUUCUCUGUUACCGCUGUUAAUUGUAUCAUUGCCUCUAGCUGACAAGUUAACUUGGUUUUUUGCACCAAGCUUCCCACACAAUUUUCACUAAAAUACUAAAAACAUGUAAUAGGAAAGAACUCAUGAUAUAGGCUCAUCACGCUGGACACAAAAGGCAGGCAAGACUCCUACAAAGGUAUUUUGAGGACUGAAAGCCGGCAGUGAACACCUGAUUUGUCCCUUCUGUUGGAGGAGUGUGUAGUUACGUGCAUGUUCAAAUGACUUCCAGAGAUGAAACUUGGACUAAGAUUGGUAGGACUGCUGUUUUUUUCAGUUGCAUGUGUUACUUUUCCUUGGUGUAAUCGUAGGCAGCUGUAGACGGAGGAGGGGUGUUGGGGAAGGAGGGACUGACCCACUAGUGCACACAAGACUUUUGACAGCAGUAACCUUGAGUGGGGCACAGAUACCGUGUUUAGAUUUCUAUUCGAUUUUGUGCCAAAGUAUGCACCAGCAAGUUUAGUAUCAGGUAAAGCACCUUUUGUACUCUUUGUUGUUUAAAAAUAAUAUAUUUGUGGAACAGACUGAUAAUUACAUAACACUGGAAAUGGGUGCUUCUUCCCACAAGUGCACAUUUAAAAAAAAAAAAAGGCAAACGAAACAACAUUUGUGAGUUAUCUGGCUUUUAAGCAAGUCUGAAAAUUAUAACUAUGUAAUACAGUUGCCAGUUGUCUGUCCUUUAUAAUUUUAAAUAGAUCUGCAUUUUAACUUUAUUUAUUUGCCAAUUUUUUAUAUACUUUAAAGUUACACUUUUGAACUCAAACUAACUUUUCAUUUUCCUAGGCUGUUAAAAAAACAGAAUUUCAGUAUUCUUGUAAACUGCAGACCAUUUUUGAAUAGUCCUUUGUCUUUUCCUAUGGACCAUUUACCACUAAUGAGUCUGCAGUCCCCUUUUUACUGUACUCUU